AUGGCGCCGCCGCUCCUCCUCCUCCUCCUCUUGCUCCUGAUCCGGGCCGCCGGGACCUCCUCCGCGCCCGCGCCCCCGUCCUACUCCGCCCACUGCCCGGCCCCGCCCGCCGUGCCGGACCUCCCCGCGGGGGCCGGCCUCGCCUCCCCCUCCGCCGCCCCCGCCCCCGCGCUCCAGCUCUCCACCGGCUACUUCUCCGGCGGCGGGGACCUCCUCUUCGGCCCGGACGGCGCCUCCCGCCUCCCGCGCUCCUUCGCGCUGCUCCCCACCUCCGUCCUCCCCACCGCCGACGCCUCCGUCCUCCGCGUCGCCGCCACGCUCUCCUUCUCCGGCGGCGGCGGCCGCGGCAACCGCAACGGCAUCUGGCCUACAGGCCGCAACCGCCGCCUCUUCGAGUACGACGGCCAGCAGCACCGCCUCCGCCCGCGCCUCCCGCGCUUCGUCGGCCGCCGCGGCUCCCUCGUCUUCGACCUCCACGGCUACUACUCCUCCGCCUCCGGGGGCCUCUGCAUGGUCGGCUCGGGCUCCGGCCGCGCCGCCGACGGCCGCCCCGUCGCGCUCCUCGCCGCCGUGCUCCGCCUCCGCUUCCCCCGCCCCGCCAACCUCUCCAGCCUCUUCGUCACCGGCCGCCUCGAGAGCACCGGCCCCGGCCCCGGCGUGGCGUUCGAGCCCGUCUCGCUCCUCGCCUACGCGGAGGAGGGGUACGCCUACGCCGAGAGCGCGUCCUGCCCUCGCCCGCCCGCCGACGGCCGCGACGUCCGCCAGCUGUUCGGCGGGAGGAACUUCACCUGCCCCGGCCUCAGGUCGCUGCUAAGGCCGGGGUUUAGGCUGGACUACGGCAACGGCGGCGAGGCGGCCGCCUCCUCGCUGGGGAUCAACCAGACGCACAUGUUCGUCAACAGGGUGCACUGCGCGGCCGACGGCGCUGUGCGUGUCUAUGUGGCCUUCUCCAACAUGUCAGAUUAUUCCAGGUAUUACUUCAUGGUCACCGAGAAGGCGAUUGUGGCAGAGGGCUUCUGGGAUCACAAUUCCAACAGGUUAUGCUUGAAAGGAUGCCAUGUGGUAAACUCAGGAUCAUCCCGUGCGGAAUUGGCGGUCGGUGAGUGCGGGAUUGGGAUGACCUUCUGGUUCCCGGGAGUGUGGUCGAUCCAGGAACGGAGCUUUUCUGCAGGGUUGGUCUGGAACGCCAGCCUGAAAAGGGACCAGGGCAUUGCCGGAUAUUCAACUGCGGUUAGGGGUAACUUUGGGGGUUUGAAGUACAACUACACUAAGGUUGAUGAGGCAACCAAGUAUUACAAGCAGUAUGGCCUGAACAAGAAGAGGAAGGGCAAGUUCCCAGAUAGAAAUUCGUAUCUAGACUUGGCGUUCCGGUUCAACUUGCAGAAAUGGGGUGGUUCUGGGUACGCAUCGCCGAUCACAAUCGGAUCCAUGUUGUCUGAUGGGAGCUCUUUUGUGCUCACAGACCUUUCCACUCGCCCUGCAGUGCUGGAGACGAAGCAGAGGUUACUUAAUGUCAGCUACAAUAUCCGCUAUGUCGGGCGUUGGUCACAAGCAACAUUUCAGCGGCAACAGAUCUCGGCGGAAGGUGUUUAUGACACCGAGACAGGCUCCUUGUGCCUGAUUGCAUGUCGACGGGUUAAUGUCUCCUCCUCAGACUGUAAGAUUCUGAUAACGGCUCACUUUGCUAGUCUGGAUGCGAAAGCAGCACAACAUGUCCAGGGGAAAAUUAUAAGCUUGAGGGGCAAGACCGACCCUCUUUUCUUUGAAACGCUGGACAUUGAUUCAUAUGGGAUGUACAUAGGCCAAGUGGAAGAAUCAAUAUGGCGAAUGGACUUGGAAAGCAUCAUGGCCCUCGUCUCAAUGACUCUGUCGUGUGCCUUCAUUGCUGUGCAGCUGUUCCAUGUCAAGAAGGUCCCUGAAGCGCUCCCUGCUAUGUCAAUCACUAUGCUUGUCGUGCUCGCGCUGGGUUACAUGACCCCUCUUGUGCUCAACUUUGAGGCUCUUUUCAAGCACAGCAACAAACAGACUGUUCCCUUCUCCGGUGGUGGUUGGCUUGAGGUGAAUGAGGUCAUGGUGCGAAUCAUCACAAUGGCGACGUUUCUGCUGCAGCUGCGCCUUCUUCAGUUGGCAUGGUCUGCACGGUCUUCUGUGGAUGGAAGCAAACACGAGGCAUGGGCUGCAGAGAGGAAAGUGCUCUGGGUGUGCUUGCCGCUGUACAUCAUAGGUGGAGUUAUAACAGCGAUUGUGCACAUGAGAACCAACCAUAGCAGAAGGAUGAUGAGGCAAAUUGCUCGCCUCAUGCCGUCACGACAUACAUUCUGGGAGGACAUUGUCCCUUACGGGGGCUUAUUGCUCGAUGGGUUCCUGCUCCCCCAGGUCAUCCUGAAUGUGUUCUCAGCUUCUAAAGUCAGAGCGCUUUCCCCUGUGUUUUACAUUGGGGGCACCAUGCUGCGUGCGCUGCCUCAUGCAUACGAUGCAUACAGGACCCAUCACUUUGUGCGCAGCAUGAGGCCAUCCUACAUCUACGCGAGCUCUCGCGACGACCUCUUCAGCCUCGCGUGGGACAUCGUCAUACCUUGUGGGGUGGUCCUGCUGGCCACGCUCCUCUUCUUUCAGCAGUGGCUUGGGGGCGCCUUCUUCCUCUGCUCCAAGAGACGGAAGCCGUCGAGCGAAUACGAAAUGGUUUCCACGGUCAGCUCUUAG